CCUCUCAAGGAUGGCACCCGCGUGAACCACAGCUCCACUCCUGGCUUCUUGGUGGCUCACUGGGGAUGGGUCUCACCGACUUUCCUGCCCCCGGUGACCGGGAACCGCCAACUCGAUGGUCCGAUCUCAGCCUCCUGAGUUUUCUGUUGGUCCCGGGGUAUUAUUAUUAUUUUUCACCGUCACCGUGUCCUCCGGGUGUUAAACAGUGACAGCCUGGGUCGUGCCCGUCAUGCCAUCCUUGAUACCCGCCAGCUGCUCCGCAGAGGCGGCGGCGGCGAUGGCGUCCGGCCGCGGUUCGGCCGACGGUGAGGACGCGGAGCUGCAGUGCCGCGUGGCGGUGGAGGAGCUGAGCCCCGGCGGGCAGCCGCGGAAGCGCCAGGCGCUGCGCGCGGCGGAGCUGAGCCUGGGUCGGAACGAGCGCCGGGAGCUGCUGCUGCGGCUGCGGGCGCCGCCGGGCCCCGCGGGCCGGCCGCGCUGCUUCCCGCUGCGCUCCGCGCGCCUCUUCACGCGCUUCGCCGCCGCCGGGCGCAGCACGCUCCGGCUCCCCGCGCAGGGCGCCUCGCGGGCGGGCGCCGUGCAGCUGCUGCUCUCCGACUGUCCCCCCGAUCGCCUGCGCCGCUUCCUGCGCACCCUGAGCUUCAAAUUGGCCGCCGCCCCGGGUCCCGGCCCCGCCUCUGCCCGCGCGCAGCUGCUGGGCCCGCGCCCCCGAGACUUCGUCACCAUCAGCCCCGUGCAGCCCGAGGAGCUGCGGCGCGCGGCGGCCUCCCGGGCACAGUCCGCCACCGCCGGGUCGGCGAAGCGGAAACAGCCGUCAGAACCUGGAACGACGGACAAGCCCAGCCCGGAAGCCCCAAGGUGGCCUCUGCCUGCGAAGAGGCUGAGCCUGUCCCACACCAAGCCACAGCUGUCUGAGGAACAAGCUGCUGUGCUGAGGGCUGUUUUGAAAGGCCAGAGUGUUUUCUUCACUGGGAGCGCAGGGACAGGGAAGUCCUAUCUGCUGAAGCGUAUCCUGGGCUCGCUGCCCCCCACGGGCACCGUGGCCACUGCCAGCACUGGGGUGGCAGCCUGCCACAUCGGAGGCACCACCCUCCACGCCUUUGCAGGUAUCGGCUCAGGCCAGGCUCCCCUGGCUCAGUGUGUGGCCCUGGCCCAGCGGCCAGGCGUGCGGCAGGGCUGGCUGGCCUGCCAGCGCUUGGUCAUUGAUGAGAUCUCCAUGGUGGAAGCUGACUUGUUUGACAAGCUGGAGGCCGUGGCCAGAGCCGUUCGGCAGCAGAAUAAGCCCUUUGGUGGGAUCCAACUCAUUAUCUGUGGUGACUUCCUGCAGCUGCCACCAGUGACCAAAGGCUCCCAGCGCCCCCAGUUCUGCUUCCAGGCCAAGAGCUGGAGGAGAUGUGUGCCGCUGACCCUGGAGCUGACUGAGGUGUGGAGGCAGGCAGACAAGACUUUCGUAUCCUUGCUGCAGGCCGUGAGGCUGGGCAGGUGCUCCGAUGAAGUCACCCGCCAGCUCAGAGCCACAGCUGCCCACAAGGUGGGGCGAGACGGAAUUGUGGCCACGAGACUCUGUACCCACCAAGACGAUGUGGCGCUCACUAAUGAGAGGCGGCUGCAGGAGCUGCGAGGUGAGGUACACAGCUUUGAGGCAGUGGAUAGUGACCCUGAGCUAGCCCGGACUUUGGAUGCCCAGUGUCCUGUUAGCCGGCUCCUUCAGCUCAAACAGGGGGCCCAGGUGAUGUUGGUGAAGAACUUGGCAGUGUCUCGAGGCCUGGUGAAUGGCGCCCGAGGGGUGGUGGUGGGGUUCGAGGCAGAAGGAAGAGGACUGCCCCAAGUAAGGUUCCUGUGUGGAGUCACUGAGGUCAUCCACGCAGAGCGCUGGACAGUACAGACCACCGGAGGCCACUUCCUCAGCCGGCAGCAGCUGCCCCUCCAGCUAGCCUGGGCAAUAUCCAUCCACAAAAGCCAGGGCAUGUCUCUGGAUUGUGUGGAGAUCUCCCUGGGCCGUGUGUUUGCCAGUGGUCAAGCCUAUGUGGCCCUUUCCAGGGCACGAAGCUUACAGGGGUUGCGUGUGCUGGACUUUGACCCCACAGUGGUUCGCUGUGACCCCCGCGUGCUGCAUUUCUAUGCGACACUACGACAGCGCAGGGGCCUCGAUCUGGAGUCCCUAGAGGAUGAAGCAGCCUCAGACCAAGAGAACCUGGACCCAAACCUGUGAGCCUCACAUAGAAAGAGAAGACAAAGAUGGACUCCAGAAGCUCUUGAUCCUUGGAAGGGUCUCAGGGAGACCCUGCCUUCUGACAGGGUUAAGGGGGCAUUGCGUCUGACCCACUUGUUGCCUCAGUUUCUCCCCUGUAUCUUGGGGGAGCUGUUUCCAGAGUGACAUGUAACUUUCUCUGUGCCAAUUAGAAAUGGUGCCAGAGGGCAGAGCUGUCUGUGGGGACAGAUACAAUCAAGAGUCCUGAACACCCUUCGCUCUGGGUUGCAGGAAAAGGCAAGGAAGACAGGCACCCCAGAAGUGUUGGUCCUGUCCUAACCACAGACUGUGUUUAGCCUGGUUUACUGGUGACUGUGACAAAAUAUCCAAGGGCUGGGAACUUUA